CACCUUAGUCCCCUUUCGCGCCGGACGUUGCGCCCGCCGAAGACGCACAUCGCCAUAUUUGGAACCCGUCGCUCCGCCAAGAACAAUUUCUGUUGCACAAUCUCCCAACUCAUUCACCUCGAGCAUAAUCAUUCCAAUUCCCGCCAGUGGGAUUCUGCACUUCGGCACCGUUGCUCUAGCGUGGAUCACGCAAAUCCUUCGUCUGGAACCCCGGCCAGCCAAGCAGCUUGCCCGACCUAUUCGACCGUCUGCCGUCUAUAACCUAGCCGGGACCUUCAAGACCUCGCCAUGGAGCUUUUGGAACUUGUUGAGAACGAGCCUACGGCUCGCCCUUUCCAGUGUGACUGGCAAUCGUGCAACAAGAGCUUCAAUCGCAAGUCUGACCUGCAAAGACAUUAUCGAAUUCACACCAAUGAGCGACCUUACUCUUGCUCUACCCCAGGCUGUGGUAAGAGCUUCAUCCAGCGAAGCGCCUUGACUGUCCACAUCCGAACACACACUGGUGAGAAGCCUCACCAGUGCCAACAUAUUGGAUGCGGCAAACGCUUUUCGGACUCCUCUAGUCUCGCUCGUCACCGACGAAUCCACACUGGGAAGCGACCUUACAAGUGUGGUCAUAACGGCUGCUUGAAGAGUUUUUGCCGAAAGACCACCAUGGUUAAACACCAGCGCAGGUCCCAUCAGCAAGGACUCAACCCCAACGACAUUCUGGACGAUUACUCUUCUGACUCCGACUCUGAUGAAUCCCCGUCCACUCCACAGACGUCCGCUAUGAACUGGACUCCCCAGGAUGUGAUUCCCGUCAAUGCGAUGCCACAUGAAUCCUUACACCGCGCCAGCUCUUUCCCCGAAUUUGGACAGCACAUGCACGCCUACCCCGUCCAGCAACAGCAGUACGUUGGCCGCCAUGCUAUUCCCUCCAGCGUCCCUCCCGAGUAUCACCCUCAAGCCGUCGCCGAACAGCAAGCCGGAAUGCACAUGAUCCAUCGACCAGCAAGCAUUCCUCGACAAGCCUACUAUGUUACUGACCAAACCAACCCGGGCAUCGCAACAAUGAACACCACCAACCCCAUUCAGCACCAGUAUCAGCUGGCCCAACAGCAGGUUGAAAGAUCUUCCAUGGAAAUGUCGUACCCACCGUCAGGGAUCCCAACUUCUAUCCAGAGCAGCCCGAGCACCUUUUCUGCCGCCUCGGUACAUAGUCCCCUGAUGCAGGAUGGCUUUUACCAGCACCAACAGCAGCACGCGCCGUCAUAUACCCUCCAAGCUGCGUCGCCAGUGGAAUCCCAGAGUAUGCCUUCGUAUCCUCAAUCGAUGCACCAGGCCAUGGCCCAGGCCCAGCAGCCAGUCACUUCACAGGCCCAGCAGACCCCAACUCCGACGGUCGAAACCUACCACCAACCAGCUGCUCAACCCCAGGAAGAACACUGGCCUCAGUACCAGCCCCCUAUUGAGGUGACAACGAUUGGUCAGUUGCCUGCAUACGGUACUGGUGUCUACGAUUUGUGUGGCCCGAAAAUCGAGUUUGACGAUCCCACGAUGCAACUGCCCAGUAGCAGACUCGAGAACCUAUGAGCGAGCUGCCAAAAUUCGACCCUUGGUCGAAUACUACUUCCACAGGCACAAUUGCACCCUUCGUGAUUCUGGAUCGAGCCCAUCUCUGUAUCAAUAUCAUACCCGGGCUGGACCAGACAGAUAUUCCCCUGUUUUGAAAUUUCUUCUUCUUUGCUUUUGCUAGG